UUCCAGGUGCCAGGCUCCGGGGGGUGUGUGUGUGUCAGCAACCCCUAAAUAAAGGGUCUGGCCCGUUUAUUGGGGCGUGCCUUUCCUGGAGCCGAGCCGGCUACCGAGCUGACCUGAGGGAAAGGGUUGGUGAGAAGCACCCCGUCUUCCUUUAUGGAAGCCCACGAGUUAAACCUGCUUCACUUCCACGGUGCAAUACUCAGCCCAACUGAGGGCAACGGGGAUUGCUCCUAGGCAAGGAGGGCCGGGCCGUCCCGGAGGCCUCCUCGCCCUUCCCGGCGACGGUCACGCUCCUCCACCGCGGGGCCACCGGCGGAUUUCCUUGGCCGGCUUCCGUCUCUCUCUCUCUCCCCACCCCCCCGCGUUGACCCAAUUCGCGUCCCGGGACAAGGAGGCAAAGCUCUCCUCCCCUGGACCUCCAGGAGGAAGGGCUCUGCGGGCCGCUUGGGAAGGCGCCGCCGCCGCCGCCGCCUCGGCUCUCUUUCCUCACUGACUGCCGUGCGCUUCGCGGAAUAGCGCCGGCUUUGGUGGACGCCGGGCCGAAGCAGAAGGAGCCAUUUUGUGAGGCUUCGCGGGGGAGGGGGGCGCGGCGACGGCGUCUCCUCACGGCUUUUUUUCACCCGGGGUCCUGCGGUCACGAAGAGGGUGCCGCUUCGGCCUUUUUCGCCCGCUUCCCUUCCUUGCCUCGGACUGGCGUCUCUCAAGCGCUUGACAGGCAGUUCUUGGCUCUUUCCGGGUCGCUGGGACCAAGAAGAUGCGGCUCCCUGACCGGGCUGACGGCGGCGUCCCACUCGCAGCAACCGUGCUCCUUUUGUGAAGGCGUUGCGCCCCUCGCCCGGUCACCUCAGUCCCUGGGAGUAAAGAAGGGCGGGGAGGGAGACACUGAAGGACAUCUCCUGAUCCCAACUCCCGAGUGUGUGUGUUUGUUUGUGUGUUUGUUUGUAUGUGAUCGAACAUGGCCGGCGAGUCCCAGAAGAAACAGCACCAUUUCUCGACGUUGGUGGGGCACACCAACGGACUCACCAAGCCCGCUUCCCUGGCGGCUGUGGCCGGUGCCCGGAGCGGAGCGGCCGGCUCUGGGGCUGCUGGAGGAGGGGGUGCCUCCAAGAAAUUGGUGAUCAAGAACUUCCGAGAGAGGCCCACUUUGCCGGAUAAUUACACUCAGGAAACAUGGCAGAAACUUCAUGAAGCAGUCAGAGCAAUUCAGAAUAGUACAUCCAUUAAAUAUAAUCUUGAAGAGCUCUAUCAAGCUGUUGAAAAUGUCUGUUCUUAUAAAGCAUCACCAACCCUGUAUAGGCAGCUCAGACAAGUUUGUGAAGAUCAUGUGAAAGCACAAAUACUGCAAUUCAGAGAAGAUUCUCUUGAUAGUCUCCUGUUUCUAAAGAAAAUAAACAAAUGCUGGCAAGAUCACUGCAGACAAAUGAUCAUGAUCAGAAGCAUCUUUUUGUUUUUGGAUCGUACCUAUGUACUUCAGAACUCAAUGCUACCUUCUAUAUGGGAUAUGGGACUAGAACUUUUUAGAAACCAUAUUAUUAGCGAUAAGCAAGUUCAAACUAAAACCAUUGAUGGAAUCUUACUGUUGAUUGAACGAGAACGGAAUGGUGAAACUGUGGAUAGAAGCUUGCUACGAAGUCUGCUAAGUAUGUUGUCUGAUUUACAAGUUUACAAAGAUUCAUUUGAACAAAGGUUUUUGGAAGACACAAACUGUUUAUAUACUGCAGAAGGGCAAAAGUUAAUGCAAGCAAGAGAGGUCCCAGAAUAUCUUCACCAUGUCAACAGACGUUUAGAGGAAGAAGCAGAUAGGGUAGUGACGUAUUUAGAUCAUGCCACACAGAAGCCACUCAUUGCUUGUGUGGAGAGGCAGUUGUUAGGAGAACACUUAGCAGCUAUUUUGCAAAAAGGGCUUGAUAAUCUUCUUAAUGAAAACAGAAUAGCAGAUCUGACCCAGAUGUACCAGCUGUUUAGUCGUGUAAAAAAUGGGCAACAGCUCCUUCUGCAGUACUGGAGUGAAUAUAUUAAGAACUUUGGGACAACAAUAGUGGUAAAUCCUGAAAGAGACAAGGAUAUGGUGCAAGAGCUACUAGAUUUUAAAGACAAAGUGGAUCAUAUCAUAGAAGUAUGUUUUCAGAAAAAUGAGAAAUGUAUAAACUUGAUGAAGGAAUCUUUUGAAACAUUUAUCAACAAGAGACCAAAUAAACCAGCAGAACUGAUAGCAAAGCAUGUGGAUUCAAAGCUAAGAGCUGGAAAUAAGGAAGCAACAGAUGAAGAACUGGAAAGGAUCCUUGACAAAAUCAUGAUAAUCUUUAGAUUUAUUCAUGGCAAAGAUGUAUUUGAAGCUUUUUAUAAAAAAGAUUUGGCCAAAAGACUUUUGGUUGGAAAAAGUGCGUCAGUAGAUGCUGAGAAGUCUAUGUUAUCUAAGCUUAAGCAUGAAUGUGGUGCUGCUUUCACCAGUAAAUUGGAAGGGAUGUUUAAGGAUAUGGAACUUUCUAAAGAUAUCAUGGUCCAAUUCAAACAGUAUGUGCAGAAUCAAAGUGACCCCGGCAAUAUAGACUUAACAGUAAAUAUACUUACUAUGGGAUACUGGCCAACAUAUACACCUAUGGAUGUCCUUUUACCUCCAGAGAUGGUUAAGCUGCAAGAAAUAUUUAAAACGUUUUAUCUUGGAAAACACAGUGGUCGAAAACUUCAGUGGCAAACUAGUUUAGGACACGCUGUCCUUAAAGCAGAGUUUAAAGAGGGGAAGAAGGAGUUUCAGGUAUCACUUUUCCAAACACUUGUGCUUCUGAUGUUCAACGAAGGAGAUGAAUUUAAUUUUGAAGAAAUAAAAAUGGCUACUGGUAUAGAGGAAAAUGAGUUGAAAAGAACCUUGCAGUCACUAGCUUGUGGUAAAGCAAGAGUGUUGAAUAAAAUUCCAAGAGGCAAAGAUGUAGAAGAUGGAGACAAAUUAAUCUUUAAUGCUGAUUUCAAGCAUAAGUUGUUCAGAAUAAAGAUCAAUCAAAUCCAAAUGAAGGAAACGGUUGAGGAACAAGUCAGCACAACUGAGAGAGUCUUUCAAGACAGACAAUAUCAGAUUGAUGCUGCUAUUGUUCGAAUAAUGAAGAUGAGGAAAACACUUGGUCAUAAUCUUCUGGUUUCAGAGUUAUAUAAUCAGUUAAAAUUUCCAGUAAAGCCUGGAGAUUUGAAAAAGCGGAUUGAAUCUCUCAUUGACAGAGAAUAUAUGGAGCGAGACAAAGAUAACCCUAAUCAAUACCACUAUGUUGCAUGAUAAGGAAGAAACUGUUUUUAUAAAACAAAAGGACACUAGCUUCCAACAGUGAAUAUCUGAAUUGUUCUCAAACUUUAUUUUGACCAGAUCUGGGAAUGUUAAUCAGUUGCACAUAAUGUUGGAACUUGAAACAUCCUUGCCUAGUUUAUGUGGUGGUAUUCAAAGACACAUUUAUUUUCAGAUCGGCUUCUUGAUUUUUUCGGGAAUUCUGUUCAAACUUUAUUUUGAAGUUGGAGCGAAUGAUAAUAGCCCUUGAUGAUGCAAUUCUUUGGUCCAGAGAAGUUUGGGUGAUUGUGUGUGUUUGAUUGUACAUUCUAGAGAUUCUUUAGGCUGCAUUUAUUUAGCUUCAAGGAUAAUAUAGUUCCUCUUUAAAAUUCUGUUCAAUCAGCUUUUUUCAAUUGAGAACAAACAGAAGUCUCCAUGUAUAAUGAAUUUCAACUAUGCACAACGAUUUCCAAUACUUGUUUUCAUUUUUUAAAAUUUUACAUCUUUCUAAACUUUAUCCCUAUUUAGGUAAUUCAAGUGCCAAGAGGAUGACUACAUUAAAAACUUUAUAGUCAGACUUUCUAAUUUUUUCAGUAUAUUAAUUAGUUUUUUGUUUGUUUGUUUGUUUUUGUUUGCUUGUUUGGUCUUCUCAACCCCAUGACAAUUGAUUAGAUAACCAUUUUCAUACUUGCAGACAUUGUUCAUAAACUUUCACGUGAAACUAUAGGCUAAUCUAGUUUUAUUCAUAAGAGUUGCACAGAGACUAAUAACUGUCUCAUGACCUUAGAACGUUCAAAACUGUUUUCAAGUGCUUUAUUAGCAUGUUACAAGAACAUGGGUGACAAUUCACUCCUUUUCUAGAUAUUUCCAGAACCAGGUACAUGAAAGAAGGUUCUUUUCACAGUGGUUUCCCUCUCACAUGUGCACGCAGGGAAGGACUGGAUAGUUCCAUGGUUUUUGUCAUGUCCGAUAUUGACAGUACAUCUUAUUUCAUAUUGUUUAUAUGGAAGUUUACAGAAAUUUGGAGAAAGACAGCUGUAUAAACUGUGUAACUUCUGUUUUUAGAUGAUUUGGAAAAAUGGUCUAUGUUUAAAAGAAACCAAAGGGAGCAGGGGUUGACAUUUAUUUGCUAUUUAAUAUAGUAAUAUCUCAAUUAAUAUUCUUUGCAUAAAUUAGUAACUUGUUUAAUUACACAAAUUAAACUCCCUUGUACUAUUUUGACUAUGGCAAAUUAAAGUCUCUGGAUUACUGUCAA